AUGUCCCACAAGAAGGUGGGACUGAUGGAGGGCAGUCACACCAAGCUUAGGCCCUACAGGCCCUUGGCAGCCCAGAAAGGGAAGAGGUCACAGAGGGCACCCAUGGCACCAAGGGCUCCUGGGCCAAAAGAGGAGGAUCCCAGGGUGAAGUGCCGGGACUGUGGAGCCUUUGGGCACAAGGCAUCCAGCAGGAGGUGCCCCAUGAAGCACUGGGCUGGGGCCCUCGUCCCCCAGACCCUGGGCUCCAGGAAGCUGAAGGAGAAUGUAGAACCAUGGAGUCAGCAGGACCAGCAGAAUCCUGGGUCCUUGAAGCAGGCUGAAAGGGAGAAGGGAGAAGGACCAAGGCAAGAAGCCCAGCAGAGGGUGGCCCUGCUCCAGAGAUUCCCCAGGAGACCCCAAGGGGAGCAGAAGCCAACCUGGAAGGAUUGCACAGAAUCCUGCGGCUACGUGAGGCGUCCACACAGGCCAAUGCCCGUCUACACCACCAAGAGAGAGUCCAUCCUAGAGCCUUCCCUCACAUGGGAGCCACCUACCGAGACCCCUGACAUGAGAACUGGGUACCACCUGGUGUCUCCUCUCAGAAGCCCUGCAGGGAGCGUCUUCCCACCUGGUGCACAACACGAGGCCCAGCAAGUGGUGACCACUGACAUGCCUCACCUCGCAUGCCAACCCUUUGCCAUGGAGGGUGGCCUGGUUGUCCCCCUGACAGAAAACAGGCCCCGAGGUGACUCCCUUGAAGGUCCCCAGGCUGUGUCCAAGGCACAUGGCUUGGACCAUGCCCACGCACCAGCCAAGUGUCCUGAGGAGAACUCACAUCCUAAUGCAAGCAACCGUAUGGUUCAGACUUCCCAAAUCCACCUCAAGACACCAGGCAAGAGAAGUGCCCAGAUCCCCCUAGAGACGGGCCUGAACUCCCAGAAGAAAGCAUGCUGGAGCCCCUUCCAGCACCCUCACAAGAGCAUACAGGGAGGCCAUCUUGGGGUUUCUGAGAGGCUGUGUCCUCCAGCAAGGAGAAGUGCAUGUGGACUCCUAGAGGCAGCCCCAGUGACCAGGAAGACUCCUGCCCCAGGGAAGAGCAUCAACCUGCAGCCUGCACGCACCCGACCUCACCUAGAAACUGUGCAGGGGUGCACCAAAGCCCCACAUCUGCCUUUCAAGCCCGCCCCUGGCAAGCCCCUGAGAAUAGUCUUCACGAGAUUGGACAAAGGCUGCUGGGGCUCCAGGUUCCUCAUAGCUCCCUCAUUCCAUCCUCCUGUGAAGUCAGCCCCUCUUGGUCAGGGCCGUCCCGUCGUUCAGACAUCUGAGGAACCCUUUGGUCAUGUCCCUUUGAGUGCCCUCCAUGAUGAACUGCAGGUGUCCUCGUCCUCUGAGGACAGUGGGAGAGAGUGA